AUGACGGAUUUUUGUUGUGGCACUCAUGGAGGUAAUUCGACACACGAGAAUCGAAAAACAUUACAUACAUAAAUCGCUGAAUUAUCGUUUUGUCCACAUCCCACCUUUGGUGCGACCUGUCCCACACUCCCAUUGACACGACAUAACUACCAAACCACCUUACUCCGAUACCCAUUACAUACCUCUACUGUAACUCUUUGCUGACUCUUUGGUCGCAAUCUCCUUGUUUACUCUCUGUAGUUUGCCCCCUAAUAGAUCGAAUCGUCAACACCAUGACAGGCAAAAUUCCCACCGUCGAAGGGAUCCCCGUCCUGCCGUUAACCCACAAAGACGAUGGAAGCUGGGUGAGACCCGAAACCGCCAACGAUGCCAUCAACCCGGCCCCAUCCAGAUGGUAUCUCAAGGCACAGGCUUCUGCCCUGCGAUCCGGUCUAUACCUCGGCAUGACCCUCCAUUACAUGGCUAGCCCUCGACCACCAAACCCCAAUUUCACGCUUACGAUCCCCUCGCUUCUAUCCAAACACAAGGGUACUUUUACCCUCCAAUUCUACACUCCAAAGGGCUACGAAGAUGCCGCCAAACACGGCAAGCGAUAUCCCGCAGUCGUCAACUUCCACGGCGGUGGCUUCACAAUCGGCAACGGUACCGACGAUGCCCGCUUCGCUCGCUACGUCCUCGAAACCUGCGACGCCGUCUUUGUCUCGGUCGACUAUCGCCUUGCGCCCGAGUACCCGUUCCCGACCGCCGUCGAUGACGCUGCCGAUGCGCUCUUCUACCUUAUUCGCCAAUCCGCCGACCUACACAUUGACCCCAUGAAGCUCGCGACAUCCGGUUUCUCAGCCGGCGGCAACAUCGCCAUUACUGCCACGCUGCGCUUCAACGAGCACUUGAAGGAAUUGGCCGACCCCGAUAACAAGGCUCCGCCAGUCCCCGAACACAAGAUUCGCGCCAUCGCGACUUGGUACCCCGUCACCGACUACAGCAUAUCGCGCGCCGAGAAGCGCGCCACCUGCGUCAAGCCCGAGAGCACGCUGCCUCCUGCCAUGACGAACCUGUUCGACGGGUCUUACCUCUACCCUGGUGAUAUUAAGAUGGCGCAUCCCUGGCUAUCGCCCGCCCGAGCCAGCGAUGACGAAUUGAGGGAAGCCAUACCGCAAAACGUGCUCGUGUACACGUGCGAGUGGGACAUGUUGCAGAAGGAGGGAGAGGCCUUCGCUAAGCGGUUGGCGGCCGAGCCUCUUAAUAAGACGGUCCAUCACAGGAUGAUUCCCGGCGUUGCCCAUGGUUGGGACAAGAGUCCAGAUCCGUUGAAGCCGGCGAUACAUACGCAGGAGGUGUAUACAGACUGUUGCCGGAAGUUGUUGGCGAUCUUUAAUGCAGUCGAUUGACUCAUGCCCCGGAGGAGUUACUGGCAAGCUUGUUUGGAAAGGGAAAAGCUGGUCGUUGACUGAAGGUUGCAAAUGAGGAACACACGAGUUCGAUUGAACAUACCUUAAUGCAAGUAACUUCUCCUCGAUUUGAUGGUUACUUCUAUCAUCCAAUAUGACAAGUGAUAAUGGCAUCGAACUUGCGCAGACCACAACCUCUCGAUGCAGACACCGAUCGUUCUUGGCAUCAUGCGUUGGAGUGCGAAAAGCGUAACAGGAACGGCGACUCGACGCAGUAUUGCUUACCAAUUCGGCGUUAGGGACCAUCACGACAGGCAGAUUACCAAACUCGGCGACUCGUACUACGCUAGCUCCGUGAAGUACAAAACACCGAACAUACAAAUUGAACAUCUCCAAGAUGUACAUAAGCCUAUCUUAAUUUCCUCAGACAUUCAUACACCAUCCAUACAUCACAGCCAUCCCAAU